AUGACGGAACAAAAGACUGAAAAACCUAUUAUCUUCGCUCCAGAAACCUAUCAGUAUGACAAGUACUCGUUGGAUGAGUCACAAAUUGAGAAAGAUCCCAUAAUGCAAUUCACCAAGUGGUUCAAAGAGGCCAAGGAAGAUCCAACAGAAGCUAUUCCUGAAGCUGUGAAUUUUGCAUCGGCAGAAUUACCAAGUGGUCGUGUAUCUGCAAGAGUGCUUUUAUUCAAAGAGCUUGAUCAUCGCGGAUUCUGUAUAUACUCCAACUGGGGUACAUCCAGAAAAGCUGAUGACAUAAAGUCAAAUCCUCAAGCUGCGUUGACCUUUUUCUGGAAAAAUUUACAAAGGCAGGUUCGUGUUGAAGGGAAAGUCGAGCAUGUGAAUAGAGAAACUUCCGAACGUUAUUUUAAAACCAGACCACACGGUUCUAAAGUUGGUGCCUGGUCUUCUCCCCAAUCGGCCGUUCUCAAAGACCGUAAUGAGCUAGAAGAGCUUGUCAAAAAGAAUGAGGCUAAAUUUGAAGGUGUCGAAGAUGUCCCUUGUCCUGACUACUGGGGUGGAGUGAGAGUAAUUCCACUCAUGAUAGAAUUUUGGCAAGGUAGACCAAGCCGUUUGCAUGACCGUAUUGUUUUCCAGAGAAAGUCUGAGGAAGAACCCUGGGAAAUGCUAAGAAUUGCUCCAUAA